GAAACAUGACAUUUGAUCCGUCAUGUGGCUUCACUUUCCUCGCAAAAAUUUAUCACUAUCACCCUCCCCCCCUUCUUGAACCACUCCAAAUUCCCAACUGAUCAGUUCCUUUCCUACAACAAACAGUUGAAAAUGAAAACUAUGUUCAAUAUAUUCAAGAAUCCCACUUAGUUAAUUAUCAAGAAAGAUCUAGUCAUACGUGAGAUUUGUUUGUGGACAUCAAUGGAUGUAUUCAUGAAAGAUGAAGAUGAUUUGAGACAGUCUGAUCGUUCCAAAACCACAUCCCUUAAAUCACCAUACACAGGCUUGGAUUUCGGUGAUGUUUUUGGGGGGCCGCCGCGACGCCCAAGGAGGCCACAUCUUCAUGGUGAUGAUUUCUUUGAUGACAUAUUUAGAGGCCAUGAGUCGUAUAGUUCACCAUGGAGAACUCAUCCUCGUCAUCAAUCAAGUUUUCCAGCCAAAUCGAGCAAAUUAGUAGUGGAAUUUCCUACCUUUUCAUCAAUAAGUGACCAUGUGUUGGAGCAUAAGAGCAAGAGACUCUCAAAUGAUAAAAAUGGAGGGCUAAAUUAUGGAGUUCAUCAAACCUCUCAUAGAAGAAAUGAUGGUGUACCAAUUCCAUACAUGGGAAAGGAUUUGAAUAGUCAUAGCGAUAGGUAUCAUUUCAGUGCUGAUAAUGUGAAGGGAGGCUUUGCCAAGAUAUUCAACAAUGAAACAGAUUUAAGCCCAAAAUCCUAUGUUAAGAUGCAAAGUCAGAGUUGCAGGUGGACGGCUAUAGGAGUCAACCUAAUGGAAAAUCAUAAUCAUGUGAAUGAGAGUUUAAGAAAGGUGGAACCACAAGAAUGUUAUGCAGGUAACAAUGCUUGGAUCAAUAAGAAGAAUGCAUUUUCAUCAGAGUCACCACGCUUGGAUUCUAAGAUAUUAGAGGAAGAUUUGAUCGACCCUUUUGAAGACUUGUUCGAGUUGAAGGAGUUGCAUGAUGGUGUUGAAGAAGCUACACUAUGUGAGGACACUAUAUUGUUGCAGCAGAGGGAGGCUGAUGCUAAAAUUCGACAGUGGUCAGCAGGGAAGGAAGGGAACAUUCGGUCUCUCCUGUCCACCCUACAAUAUGUUCUUUGGCCAGGAAGCGGAUGGCAGCCAAUCGCGUUGGUGGAUCUAGUUGAGGAGAAUCCGGUGAAACGAGCCUAUCAGAAAGCGUUGCUCCGCCUACAUCCAGAUAAACUUCAGCAGAAAGGCGCUGCUUCUCAUCACAAGUAUAUUGCCCUUCAAGUUUUUGAUAUUCUUCAGGAAGCAUGGGACCAUUUCAACAAUACUUGUCCAGUUUAACCAUUCAUGCAAGCAUGUAUAUAUACUCGGUCCAGCAUAGUGCAGAAUGCAUAUAUCAAUCAUUUUAAUUUAUGACAAUUCACAAAGCAAGAAUAAAUGAAUACCAAUGUAUAGUGCACGUUAAUUUGCUUGGUUUGUUUAUAAAAGGGUUUCAAUAAACUGCCUUUUUUAACAA